AUGGAGAGGAACGGUAUGAGCAAUAAAUUAAAAGACCAUAGUAUUGGAUGUAGAGCCGUUGAAGACUGCAACAACUACAACCACAACACGAUUAAGGAUUCAUGGAACUGUUACGGCAGUGGAAGUCAUGAUGGAGAUGAUCUUGGUGGAUAUUCAUGGCCUCCAAGAUCUUAUACAUGCAGCUUCUGCAAAAGAGAAUUCAGAUCCACUCAAGCUCUAGGUGGCCAUAUGAAUGUUCACAGGAGAGACAGAGCCAGGCUGAGACGGUCACCUCCAAGGGAUGAUCAGUUCACUAUUCCUAAUCUUAACCUCAAACCUAACCCUAAUCUCUCAACCCCAUCACCACCUUCUCUUCCAACAAGGCUUCCAGCAUUUACCUGCCCAUUGCCUUCCUUGGCUGCUUCCCCUCUUUCUUCUUUAUCUUCACCAUCUUCAGCUUCACCUAGUGAACUGAAUGCUGCACAAUCUUUUUCUGGGGUUGAAGAAUUUAAUGGCGUCAACCAAGAAGAUGAAUGUAAGGUUUUGAAGAAGGCAGAGUUUGUUAGGUUGGACUUAAAGAUUGGCUUGCCUAGUGAUUUAGAGGAGGAUUUGGAUUUGGAACUUCGACUUGGGUACUGCUAG